UCAGUGCUGUUGGUCAGGCAGGAAGCAGUGCGUGUGGUUAGCUGAGCGGAACAAUAGAGGGGAAGCUGUUUUGCCCUUUUUUGUACAGUAUUCGUUCUGCGUAGUCCCGCAGACUACACUCGAUCCGGCCGCUGAAGGACAAAAACGACAGCAAGUCUUGCUUAUAGACUGGAUUUAUGGUAACCUUAUAGGCUCUUCAAACACCUUGACGGGAGAAAACGUGUAGCAUUCCUAAACCCAAGUAAGUCAGAAGACGAACCACGGACUUCGCGAGGCAGGUCAUGCUGCCAGUGUGAGCUCUCUGUAGAUUGCAUGGGCCCUGCGAUGGCGGUUUCGACAGGUGUGAAGCCCGGGACUGGACGAAGGGCACGUGAUGGGAGGCUCUCUUGGCCAGUUUUCCUGCUGACACUUGCUGCGGUCACCUCCUCCUCUCUUUCAGCUUUAUCACUGUACCAGCUUGUGGCUCUCAGAGCCGAAGUAGAGGGACUCAAAUCAGAAGUGUGUCGCAGGAGAGAGGAGGGACAAGAGGCCUGGCACACAGGCCAGACGGAGAAUAUCAGUAGCAGGAGAAGCACCCAAGAGGUUGUGCACGAAUCUGGGCCUCGAAAUGCCUUCAGCCUCACGAGAAAGAAAAGAAUGACAUCUGGAGCAGAGACGUUAGUUUCUCAGCCUUGCCUGCAGUUGUUGGCAAACAGUAGCAGAAAAACCUUCAGCAAAGCUCUUUCCCAAGAGCAAUACACAGCCAUCCCAUGGCAGUCUGGGCUGAAGAGAGGCACUGCCCUGAUGGAAGACAGCGACCGCAUUUUAGUCACGGAGGAAGGCUUUUACUUCGUGUACAGUCAGGUCUACUACUGGGACAGCACAUUUGCCAUGGGCCAUGUGGUGAUCCGGUCAAAGAAGAUUGUUGUGGGGGACGAGUCUAAGAAUGUGUUUCUGUUCCGCUGCAUCCAGAGCAUGAACCCCGUCUACCCGUUCAACACCUGCUACACAGGAGGUAUCGUGAAGCUGGCGGUCGGGGACUAUUUGGAGCUUCUGAUCCCUCGUGCCUCAGCCAACGUGUCCCUACAUGGAGAUUCCACCUUCCUGGGCGCUGUCAAACUGGCUUAAUGUGCGUCAGCUCACACUGAACCCAAGGGACGCUGUUAUAAGAAAGAGGUACCAUAGUUGGAGGAGAGGCAGCAACACAACACCGCUCUGGUGACCUUUCGUGGCUCGUGUUGUGAGAAAAAUAAAGGAAGCAGCUAUUUCUGCUCUGGCUAAGUGACAAGUGAUAGUCUGUCACCCUGUGCUGACAUGAAGAGGACAAUGACUUGAGGCCUUUACUCUUUAACUUCAUUAUCUUCAUUUGUACCAAACUUCAAAACAAAACAUUGUGAAAGCUGUCCGAAUCAAAUGUUUUCUUCUUCAGAUAAUCACAAACAUAUCAAGGUCCAGCUUGUAAGGCAUGUGCUACUUGUGGCAUUUUGUUUACCGCGUGUAUUAAUAAUGUAAUCUUUCCUUCUGCAGCUGCAGCAUUACUCUGCCAUUAAAAUGGUUCCUCUUACAUGCUUUAUUUUUUACCAGAACAUAACCAAGAGCGAUCUGUUUGGCAUCCUUUGAGUUCUGUUCCCUACAUAUGUCUAACCAAUACAAACAUUCAGUUGCAAUAAAGUGAUAAUUCUUGCUCAA